AACACCGCAACCAUGGUUUACUCUAAAGCACUUGUUGCCGCUGCUGCUACCUUCAUGGGCCUUGCCAACGCCCAUAUGAUUAUGGAGAGCCCUGUGCCUUUCAACCCUCAGAACCUUGACAGCUCUCCCUUGCUGAGAAGCGGAGGGGACUAUCCUUGCAAAUUUACCCAGAACAAAGAGACUGGUGGCAGUUAUCUCCCUGGCGAGUUCGACUCCAGUAAGAACCAGUUUGCUAUCGGUGAGAAGAUCCCCUUGACCUUUAGGGGCUCUGCCGUCCACGGAGGAGGAUCUUGCCAGGUCAGCCUUACCACCGACAAGUCGCCAACCAAGAACUCCGAGUUCAAGGUUAUUCACUCCAUCCUCGGAGGCUGCCCUGCCAACGUUGACGGCAACCUUCCAGAAGACCCCAACGGGCAUGGGGCAUCCAAGUUCGAGUUCCAGAUCCCACCCAGCAUCGCUCCUGGAGAAUACACUCUUGCCUGGACCUGGUUCAACCGUAUCGGAAACCGUGAGAUGUAUAUGAACUGUGCCCCUAUCAAGGUUACAGGAGGCUCCAAGAAGCGCUGGGAACCUACUCCUAAGCGCGACCCACGCAGCUUGACUCCUCUCUCCAAGCGCGCCGAUAUGCCAAACAUCUUCAUUGCCAAUAUUGAGAUUCCCAGCCAGCCCUACUGUCAAACUGCCGAGGGCAUGGAUGUCAUGUUCCCUGAUAGUGGUGAGUCCGUCGAGAAGGCAGGCAUGCCUAACCGUCUCCAGAAACAGGGUACCGACGUCUGCGCCAAUAUGGGAGGUAGCUCGCCCAAGGCUGGAUCUGGUGACAGUGGAAGCGGAAACGGCGGCAGCGGCGGUGACAAGGGAGGCUCACCUACCUCUGCCCCAUCUACUCCAGCACAAACCGAAGCUCCAUCUCAAACCACAUCUUACGCUGCUGUCCCCUCUGGAACUGCCCCAGCUGGUGACUCCGGCCCUGGAAACGGCGGUAUCUUCCUCCCAGCUCCAAAUACCAACCCAACCGCACCAACUGUGCCAGCUCCAACUGGUACUGGUAUGCCAACCCCACCUAGCAACGGUACCCACGCUGGGCCAUGCACUGAGGAGGGCCAAUGGAGCUGCUCUGGUUCCAAGUACCAGCGAUGUGCCAGCGGUCAGUGGACUGUCUCCAUGGACCUUCCCUCUGGAGUGACCUGUGAAUCCCUUCCAGGAAAGCGUGCCCCAAUGCACCGCCGCCGUGGGCACAACCUUCCUCGCCGUGCUUAA